AUGGAUGGCAUUGAUUGUGCACUCUGUCGAUUCCGGCAAUCAUCCCCAGGAGCUCCCAUGGACUUCGAGCUGCUGAAAUACGACGAAGUGCCUCUUGAGCAGACGAUCAAGAAGCGUGUGAUGAAAAUGAUUCUCAAGAACAGCACGACACCCGAGGAGCUUUCAGAGGUCAACGUUCUGCUCGGAGAGACUUUCGCAUCGGCGGUUCAUGAAUUCGCGGCCAAGCACAACGUAUCGAUUGCCAGCAUCGACGCCAUCGGAUCACACGGACAGACAAUCUGGCUACUCAGCAUGCCAGAGGAAGGCCAAACUCAAUCUGCAUUGACCAUGGCCGAGGGAACAUUCAUCGCUAGUCGAACUGGUAUCACAACCGUCACAGACUUCCGAGUAUCUGAUCAAGCUGCUGGGCGGCAGGGAGCUCCACUGAUUGGUUUCUUCGACUCUCUUGUGCUUCACCAUCCAACCAAACUUCGCGCUUGCCAGAAUAUUGGAGGUAUCGCAAAUGUAUGCUUCAUUCCGCCCGAUAAGGACGGCAAGUUGAACCAGGAGUACUUCGACUUCGACACGGGUCCAGGAAACGUCUUCAUCGACGCUGUCGUGAGACAUUUCACCAACGGAGAGCGAGAGUACGACAAGGACGGAGCCAUGGGCCGAGCUGGAACAGUGGACCAACAGCUUGUCGACGAGUUCCUGACGCGACAUCCCUACUUCUCGAAAGCGCCGCCGAAAACCACUGGCCGAGAGGUAUUCCGAGACACAAUCGCUCACGAUCUGAUUGAACGAGGGCUGAAGAAGGGCCUCUCCGAAAACGACAUCGUGGCCACAGUAACCAGAAUCACAGCUGCUGCUAUCGUCGACCACUACCACCGCUACAUGCCAACACAAUACGGUCCUCUCGCGGAGAUCUUCAUGUGUGGCGGCGGAGCCAAGAACCCCAAUAUCGUUGAUUAUAUGCAGAAAGCAUUCCCAGAGACGAGGAUCGUUAUGCUCGACGAGGCCGGUAUUCCAGCUGAUGCGAAGGAGGCCAUCACUUUUGCGUGGCAAGGAAUGGAGGCAGUUGUUGGUCGAAGUAUUCCUGUGCCGGACAAGGUCGCGACUCGGGAGUCGUAUGUGCUGGGCAAGGUCAAUCCCGGGAAAAACUAUCGCGAAGUCAUGCGAAAAGGCAUUCAAUUCGGUGGCAAGGCCAAUUCGCUUGAGCCUGUCUCGGAGAUGGUCAAUUAUGUGGAUGGCAAAGUGUUUGAUAACAAGUGGUAG